AUGUCAUGGGACGUUCCUGCUUUGACGGUGGGCCAAAAUCAGCACUGGGAUACCAUCCCAAAUAAAUAUGACUCCGUUUACAUCACGAAUGAAGAUGCAGGAUUUAAUGGCGAAUAUGAUAGAGGUUAUGAAAAUAAUGCGGAUACUGGUUUUGCUUGUUAUAAUUGUGGUCAAGAAGGACAUUCAAAAAUUCAGUGCCCCGAACCUCAAAAGGCGAGAGAUGGUGGAGGAUGCUUUAGAUGUGGAGAGAGCGGCCACAGGAAGUCAGAAUGUCCAAAUCAACCUGCUGAGACUGGGUUUUCUGGGACAUGUCGUCUCUGUGGAGAGCAAGGUCAUCGAGCCGCCGUUUGCCCUUCUAAACCACCCGAACUCUGCAAGAACUGCCAAGAAAGUGGACAUCAAACACUUGACUGUCAAUCACCAAGAAAAAUUACUCGUGAUCACUUACCAAGUAUUCCUGAGGAAAAAGCUUGGGAAAUGAUUAAAAUGGCUGUUAUGGCACAUGAAAUAGAUGACCUAAAGGAAGCCGUCGAAAUAUAUCUCAAAUCACAGCCGAAUUUGACUUAUUAUCAACUUGAGCAGGCAUUUAGAAAACAAGAUCUUGGUGCUUUUUUAAUUGCUACAGAGAAGGAAUUAGCACCAACAUAUACAAAUAUGGACUUUCAAGGAAAUCUUGAUAAAAAGUACACAGUUAGUUGGCGUUGGUCAUCAAGACCUGCUCGACCACGUGAAAAACAAAUCUGGCCCAGCUCACCAGAAGAAAACAUGGAACGCUUAAAAAACGCUGGUGAACCCACAGAUCGAGGUGUUCCCAAAUGCUCAAACUGUAAUAUGCUUGGCCACACUCGGAAAAGUUGUCCGGAAGAAACUAUUGAAAAUCCAGAUCAACCAUCGGUAACUUGCUACAAUUGUGACAAGAUUGGGCAUAGAGUUCGCGAUUGUCCUGACCCUCGACCAGAUAAGUUUGCUUGUAAAAAUUGUAAGGAAUCUGGGCACUCAGCAAAGGAAUGUCCUCAACCAAGGUCAGCUGAUGGUGUUGAAUGCAAAAAAUGCAACGAAAUUGGACAUUUCUCUCGUGAUUGCUUGCAAAAUAAUGGGAGCGAUAGUAAAUGUUUUAAUUGCGGACAAGACGGUCAUCGUAAGCAAGAUUGCCCCAAUGAGGCUGUAUUAAUAUGCCGGAAUUGCGAUGGCAUUGGUCAUUUGUCUAGAGAAUGUCCACUUCCUAGAGACUAUAGCCGAGUCAAAUGUCAAAACUGCGACCAGAUGGGUCACACUCGUGUCCGUUGUACCGAACCAAUCAAAGAGGCUGCUCCCACUUUUGAAGAUUCUUAUAAUUUAGAUAUGAAUAACACUUUUGAUGGGCAAAAUGUGGACGAAUCAGCGAAUAUAAAUGGUGAUCAGAGCUGGGAACAAGCUACUAACGUUCAGAACUAUGAAUGGUAA